AUGAAGUUAUCUUUACUGUUAUCUGGACAGACAAAACGCGAUUUGGAAGCUUUUGUGGAUGAACUAAAUGCGCGGCCGCAGUGCCCCGUGGGUCUCAAUACGCUGCUCAUCCCUAUCAUCUGCCCACUAGGACUUGAACCAGCCUUACGUUUACCUCAACUGUGGGCAUGUUCAAGUAAGCUAAUUCGAAUGCUGGGAACUGAAGCAAGCAUGUGGGAAUAUGUGCCCACUGACCCCUCUCGAGGCGUCAUCGCGCAUCGUCGACCAGACAAGCUGUCGCUGUAUGAGAGCGUUGGUAUUUUUACAAGUGAUAAUAUUCAUAUCAACCGCAAACUGGCG